AUGCGUGGCAUCUCGGCUGUGAGUAUUCUGCUCGAGUUCGUCGGUUAUUGCCUGUCGAUCCUGCUCCAUCGGCAAGAACACACCAGCGACCGACAAAGCGUUCGCGCCGGUGUGCUCUUACCGACGGAACACACCACCACCACCAUUGGCACCUGCUGCACGGCAUGGAACGCGGUCCAUCACAAGGAACUGGAAACCGUACAGCGCAGCCUUGAGUACCAUCUUGACGUACCCACCCUUCCAUGUCCCCAGCGCAUUCGGCCCUACACCAUCGAAGUGCCAUCGGCAAAGUCUUCUUGCGAUGUGCUCGCACCAGUUGUUGUGAAAACCAA